CACCACUGCCGCCGACACUUCCAGCCAAUUGCCCGGAAAACAAGACGUUCUUUCCGCUAUCCCCAUCCUCUGCGACGAUCCGAUUCCAAGACUUCAAGUUUCGAUUGCUUCACAGCAAUCGAAUUUAUCUUUCAUAUUUGGUUGUUAUUGCUUUCGUACAGUCGGGGCUCAACGCGCGCUAUUCAUAGCCAGCUUCCCCAACAGAGAGCAUCCGGCGACAUUCCCGAUCGCGCCGACGACGUAACCCCACAUCCACCCAGCUGGACGCCAUGGCGGUCAUCGACCAACACCAAGAUGACUUCUCUAAUGUGUCCUGGAACACCGAUGAGCACACUGCUGCUGAGAGCUCGAGUUCGGUGACGGCGACCGAAUUCGACGACACCGAGAGAAACGGACAUAAUGCCUACGAAAGCGAUGCACCCGGCAGCGAUGGCCAAGAGGUGCUGGAUUGCGUCGUCUCCGAGCCUUUGAAGGAAAACGACGGCUCCAAAGAUACCUUUGUCUCGUAUCUGAUCACCACUAAUACGACAUUUCCCUCCUUCCAGAGAUCGCAAACAACAGUCCGCCGGCGGUUUACAGACUUUGUCUUCUUGUAUAAGGCGCUGAGCAGAGACUACCCAACCGCCGCAGUCCCCCCCCUCCCUGACAAGCAGCGAAUGGAAUAUGUUAGUGGCAAUCGCUUCGGCCCGGACUUCACCAACCGUCGAGCGCAUUCGCUUCAGCGCUUCCUUAACCGCCUUUCCCUCCAUCCUGUCCUUCGUCGAGCCGAUAUCCUCCACAUUUUCCUUGAGAGCCCGGACUGGAACGCCACGAUGCGCAGCCGCAGUGUCAGGGGAUCUACGAGCAGCGAUGCCGGAAGCAGCGGCGUGUUCGACAACCUUACCGACAGCUUCCUCAACGCCUUCACCAAGGCUCACAAGCACGACAAGCGGUUCCUCGAGGUUAGAGAACGAAGCGACAAGCUCGACGAAGACUUGGCCCACAUCGAGAAGGUGGUAGCACGAGUGGCCAGACGAGAGAACGACAUCGAGCUGGACUUUAAGGAUCUGGCUGAGCAGUUUCAAAAGCUUAUCACGCUUGAGCCUGGCGUCGAGAACGAAGUCCGACAUUUCGCCAACUCAAUCGAGGACACGGCCAUGGGCCUGCGCAAGCUCAAGGACGUCACGGACGGGGACUACCUUGGUAGUCUCCGGGACAUGCAGGCCUACAGCACAGCAUUGAAGAGCCUCUUGAAGGCUCGCGAGCAGAAGCAGGUGGACUACGAGCAGCUCACAGAGUACCUUAACAAGAAUACUGUCGACAGAGACCAGCUUCAGUCGGGCCAAGGCUCGAGCGGCCUGUCUGGUGCCAGCGGAAGACUGAUGCGCAAACUCGAGGACGUGCGCGGAGUCGACCACGAGCAGGCUCGCCGCGAUCGACAAAGAAAACUGGAGAUGAACAUUGACAAGCUCACCACGGAAGCGGAGCGGGCCAAGAAGACGAGUGAGAUGUUUGACGACGAGGUGGUCAAAGAGGUGGCCGAUUUUGAGCGAAUCAAGCGGGUCGAGUUCAAGAAGCAGCUCGGCGGUCUUGCUGACUCCCAUAUCGAGUUCUACGACGAGGUGACUGAGAUCUGGGAGGGAUACGUCAAGGCGAUGGAGAAGGAGGGUGUUUCGGGCACGCGCAGCACUGGUGUUGAGCCUCCCGGCCGGCGCCUUGCGGACUAGAGAGAUCUGCUUCGAAUCGGGAGGAAGUGCAAGCGAAAGCCGUGGCUUAUGUGUUUUGAUUCGACAAAGGAGGGGAGGGGGUUGGAGAUGAAGGCAAACCCGACAGGACGGGUUGAUUGUUGAUUGUUGGUAUAGGAUAAGCUUCGGAUGGCACCGGAAUGUUUGCCUCGAAGGGGGGUUGCAGCAGACGAGGCAGCGGGCCAUUCGGCCGGAGUAUCGGACACCAGUCAGGUAGAACUGGGCAUAAUCAUGAAGAUGGGUUCAAGGGUCGUGAUUAACGAAUCAAUGCAUUUUGACACGUUCAGUGUAAGGUGCUGUUCGGCACAGGCUCUCACAUAGCCGGCGGGCUGAGCUUCUCCCAUCUCGUCUCACUCUAU